AUGGCGGCUCCUCGCUACAAAGACAAGGACGCCGGCGUCGUACUCUCCUUCAGCGGCCAGUGGGUGAGCUGGUCGCACACUGCCGUUGCCUAUCUUGCUUUCUUGAGCGCCCUCAUCGUGGGUUCCGCGUUGCACUACCACAAGAUUGUCCAGAACGAGUGGUAUGGCUACCCGGACGAGUGGUUCCCCUCCGUCUCGGCCACCAUUGGCGACCGCUAUCCCGAACGCUCCAUCUUCAUGAUCUUUAUCGCCAUUACCUCCGGGCCAAGAUUUGCGCUCGUCGGGCUCUGGUAUCUGCUCACCGCGAAACCCGGCCGCACUCUCCCGAAAGUGAUCGCCAUUUCCGGCGUGAUCCGCACCUUGACAUGCGGCGGGUGGACUUACAUCACUUCGACCGACGACCAUGACUGGCACGACAUAUUGAUGAUUGCGUACAUUGUCUUCACGAUUCCCUGGACGACCGGGUGCAUUGCCCUGAGCCCGGCAAACGCCAAGGCUAUCAAGUACAGGAAAUACUUGGCCGGCGGUUUCUUUGGUACCCUCGUACCGUUGGUGUACUUCUUUAUCCAGCACAAGGUCCACCGUGUGGCGGGGGCUUACACGAUUUACGCCUUUUUCGAAUGGAGCUUGAUUCUCCUCGACGUUGCCUUCGACGCUGUGACGGCGCUUGACUUUGACACGUUCGAGGUGGUUAUCAGGGACGUCAAGGGCGCGAGCAAGGGUGCCAACAAGUCCUCUGUGCCUGCUGCCGUGCUCGAGAAGGAGAAGGAGAAGGCUACAGCAGGCGUCUUUUCGGCGGGCUUUCGCUUGAGCGAGGCCCUUGACAUCGCGGCCGAUGUUUACCACGGGUUCGUCUUCUGGUCUAUCCUGACCAGCUUGGGCGUCACCGUUUGGUACUUCCCCCUCUGGCACAUGGGCAUCUCGGGCUUCGAGGCGCUCAUCAUGACCACGGUGGCCCCAGCAUUCCUCGCCAUCAAGCCAUUCCGUUCUCUUGUCGUUAAAAACCAACGUGUCGUCCACCUUCUCUCGCUCUCUGGUCUAGUUGCCUACUUGAUCGAGGAUCCUACCUGCCGGCUUUUCGCCGUCGGUCUCGGCGUCUCGCUAACAUGCCUUGGAUGGGCGGCCACCCUGUUCUCCGACUCAGUACAGCCUGCGAGGCUGGAGAUGCGUGUUCUCGCUUGGGUUAUCGGUCUACUCAUGUCCUCUGUCGCCAAGUUUGCCUGGUACACCAACAACCCCAUUUGGCCCAUUAUGCACGCUGCGAACGGCGGUUGGAAUGGCACCGGUUUAGUCCUUGCCGUCCUUGCCACCCUUCGGUUCACCCGCCACGCCCCUCUGCAGGGCGGACACCCCGUUGAAGCCAAGGGCGGGUCCGCGUUGCUCUCCGCCUUCGGCAUUGGCGGCCUAUUCUUUGGCCUACAUUCGUUACUCUCCGACACUAGCACCAUGAUCCUGUGGGUCUGGGACGGCUACCCGAUCAGGGGUCCUGUUUCCAACGUCCACGCGUGGUACACCAUUGCCGCCAUGACUGCCGGCGUUUUCGCGGGGUUCUCGAGGCCGGCGCUCGUCACGACAUGGACUGCCUAUGGCGUAGGUUGCGUGGGUGCCGCGGUUCUCACCCUCUACCAUCAGUGGCUUGGCUACUACGGCGCUCUAGCGCUGGCUGCUUACCUCAUGGCGAUCUCGGUCCCCCUCAUCAGCAGCGCUUCGAAAAAGAGCCCCGCCGUCGUCUUCGGCCUUGGUUUCUUGAUCUACAACUUCGUGGUCCUCUUCCAUGUUUGGGUUGUCGCUUACGCUUUUGUGCCUGGCGGCCCCCUCGUCCGCGAACGUACGGAUUGGGUCAACAUGACCAUGAUGCUUCUGAUUGGCGCCGGCGUCUUCGACCUCAUCUCGCAGCAAGCCAAAUCCAAGCAGGCUGCCCCUCGUCGCGCCACCAACACCAACCAUCGCAAGUAUCACCUCGGCGCGCUGGGCAUCCUCAAUGUUCUCUUCCUCUGCGCCAACUUCCUCCGCUUUCCCACCAACGACUACAAACCGUACCACGCAGAGGACCGUGUUCUGACCGCCGGUAUCUGGACCAUCCACUUUUCACUUGACAACGACAUGUGGUCGUCCGAGUACCGCAUGCGCGACCUCAUCAAAGAGCUGGAAGUUGACGUGGUCGGCCUCCUCGAGUCAGACCUACAGCGCAUCAUCAUGGGCAACCGUGACACGACGCAGUUCCUCGCUGAAGACCUCGGCAUGUACGUCGACUACGGCCCGGGCCCCAACAAGCACACGUGGGGCGCCGCUCUCCUCUCCAAGUUCCCCAUCCUCAACUCGACCCACCACCUUCUUCCCAGCCCCGUCGGCGAGCUCGCCCCCGCCAUCCACGCCACACUGGACGUGUAUGGUUCCCUCGUCGACGUUUUCGUCUUCCACUCGGGCCAAGAAGAGGACCCGGAAGACCGCCGUCUUCAGUCGGAGUACCUCGCCAAGCUGAUGGGCUCAUCGCCGCGGCCGAGCAUCCUGCUCUCCUAUCUGGUGACGAACCCGCUUGAGGGGAACUACAACACGUACGUGUCCGACAUCAGCGGCAUGCACGACGUCGACCCCACCGACGACGACCGCUGGUGCGAGUACAUCCUGUUCAAGGGCCUGCGGCGCACGGGGUACGCCCGCGUCAGCAGGAGCACCAUCACCGACACGGAGCUGCAGGUCGCCAAGUUUGUGGUGCCCGCGACCGACUCCGACAGCGCGUCGACGUGGAACGCGCCCAAGACGCUGCGGAACCGCCGCAUCCCCGAGGAGGAGGUCUCGGAGGGGCUGCGCUUCCCCGCUAUGUUCAAGGGUGAGGGUGUUCGGGGGCACCAGUACCAUGUCUUUGAUGAGCCGAGGUACUAUAGUUUUUAA